ACAGUGACUGGAAAAGAAUGUUCACAUUGCACCAGGAUGGCUCUGAAAUGGACAUCAGUUCUUCUGCUGAUACAACUCAGUUGUUACUUUAGCUCUGGGAGUUGUGGAAAGGUGCUGGUGUGGGCCGCAGAGUACAGCCCUUGGAUGAAUAUGAAGACGAUCCUGAAAGAACUUGUUCAGAGAGGUCAUGAGGUGACUGUACUGGCAUCUUCAGCUUCCAUUCUUUUUGAUCCCAAUGACUCAUCCACUCUUAAACUCGAAGUUUAUCCUACAUCUUUAACUAAAACUGAGUUGGAGAAUAUCACGAUGCAACUGAUUAAGAGAUGGCCUUACAUUCCAAAAGAUACAUUUUGGUUAUCUUUUUCACAAGAACAAGAAAUCAUGUGGGCAUAUAAUAACAUAAUUAGAAACUUCUGUAAAGAUUUAGUUUCAAAUAAGAAACUUAUGAAAAAACUACAAGAGUCAAGAUUUGAUGUCGUUUUUGCAGAUCCUUCUUUUCCCUGUGGUGAGCUGCUGGCUGAGCUAUUUAACAUACCCUUUGUGUACAGUCACAGCUUCACUCCUGGCUACUCAUUUGAAAGGCAUAGUGGAGGAUUUAUUUUCCCUCCUUCCUACGUACCUGUUGUUAUGUCAAAAUUAAGUGAUCAAAUGACUUUCAUGGAGAGGGUAAAAAAUAUGCUCUAUGUGCUUUAUUUUGACUUUUGGUACCAAAUAUUUGAUAUGAAGAAGUGGGAUCACUUUUACAGUGAAGUUUUAGGAAGACCCACUACCUUAUCUGAGACAAUGAGGAAAGCUGACAUAUGGCUUAUGCGAAACUCCUGGAAUUUUAAAUUUCCUCAUCCAUUCUUACCAAACGUUGAUUUUGUUGGAGGACUCCACUGCAAACCUGCCAACCCCCUACCUAAGCAAAUGGAGGAGUUUGUACAGAGCUCUGGAGAAUAUGGUGUUGUGGUGUUUUCUCUGGGGUCAAUGGUCAGUAACAUGACAGCAGAAAGGGCCAAUGUAAUUGCAACAGCCCUUGCCAAGAUCCCACAAAAGGUUCUUUGGAGAUGUGAUGGGAAUAAACCAGAUGCCUUAGGUCUCAAUACUCGGCUGUACAGGUGGAUACCCCAGAAUGACCUUCUAGGUCAUCCAAAAACCAGAGCUUUUAUAACUCAUGGUGGAGCCAAUGGCAUCUACGAGGCAAUCUACCAUGGGAUCCCUAUGGUGGGCAUUCCAUUGUUUUUUGAUCAAUCUGAUAACAUUGCUCACAUGAAGGCCAAGGGAGCAGCUGUUAGAUUGGACUUCAACACAAUGUCGAGUACAGACCUGCUGAAUGCACUGAAGACAGUAAUUAAUGAUCCUUCAUAUAAAGAGAAUAUUAUGAAAUUAUCAAGAAUUCAUCAUGAUCAACCAGUGAAGCCCUUGGAUCGAGCAGUCUUCUGGAUUGAAUUUGUCAUGCGCCACAAAGGAGCCAAACAUCUUCGAGUUGCAGCCCACGACCUCACCUGGUUCCAGUACCACUCUUUGGAUGUGAUUGGGUUCCUGCUGGCCUGUGUGGCAACUGUGAUAUUUAUCAUCACAAAGUGUUGUCUGUUUUGUUUCUGGAAGUUCGCUAGAAAAGGAAAGAAAGGAAAAAGGGAUUAGUUAAAUCUGAGAUUUGAAGCUGGAACACCUGAUAGAUAGGGAUACUUCGGUUGAUUCCAGCAAUAAAUAUUGUGAUGCAAGAUUUCUUUCUUCCUGUGACAAAAAAAAAAAAAAAUCUUUUCGAAAUCUACCUUGUCAAGUAAAAAUUUGUUUUUCAGAGAUUUACAACCCAGUUAAUGGUUAGAAAUAUUUUGUGGCAAUGAAGAAAACACUAGGGAAAAUAAAAAAUAACAUAAAGCCGUACGAGCUCAUAUUGAAAUUUGUUGCACUUAUAUUGAAAUUUGUUGUUCUAAUUCACAAGUUACAUGAAAAAAAAUUACUCAGCUUAACUAUAUUUCACACAUUUUACAUAAACACAAGAACAUUAAGAAGUCUACUGACAGUAUCAGUACUGUUUUGAACAUACUCAGAAUAAUUUAGCUUCAUUUUGAACAGGAUUCUGUUGUUUUAACUGUUGCUGAAGAAACUAUUACAUAGUUAAAUUGUUUAGAAAGUCUCUCUCUUCCUUUUGAUAUUUUGAGAUGAGUAGUAUUGCUUGGCUUUUAUGAUGCAUGCAGCUUUAUUGUCACAUUUUUUGCUAAAAUUUAUGGCCAAAUGUUUACUGUUUUAAGCACAUAAGUCAUUUCUCAGUGGAAAUUAUGUGGAAUUAGAAAUAUAGCCACUCUUACCUGCUUCCUACUGUAAAUUUGAACUAUUCUGCAACAUCUUUGGUUUCACAAGCCAAUUCUAUUUUUUCCAGAUAUUUAAAAAUAUUCAUCUGUUUUAUUCUCAUAUUUUUAAUUAUUUCAAUAGCUAUUUGGGAACAGGUGGUGUUUGAUUAGAUGGAUAAGUUCUUUAGUGGUAAUUUCUGAGGUUUUAGUGCAACAUCACAUGAGAAGUGUACCCUGCACUCAAUGGGUAGUCUUGUAUCCCUCACCCCCUCCCACCCUCUCCUCUGAAUCCUUAGAACCCAUUAUAUCAUUCUUAUGCCUUUGCAUCCCCAUAGCUUAGAUCCCAUUUAUAAGUGACAGUUUAGAAUGUUCAGUUUUCUAUUCCUGAAUUACUUCACUAAGAAUAAUGCCCUCCCACUUCAUACAAGUUGCUGUUAAUGCCAUUAGUUUGUUUAUUUUUAUGGCUUAGUAGUAUUCCAUGGUAUAUAUAUAUAUAGUAUGCAUAUGUGUGUGUAUAUAUGUCUGUGUGUGUGCAUGCGCAUGUGUGUGUAUACAUUUUCUUUAUCCACCUAUUGGUUGGUUGAUGGGCAUUUAGGCUACUUCCAUUCUUUUUUUUUUUAAUUGCAAACAGUGCUGUUGGAAACAUAUAUGUGUGUGGGUCUUUUUCAUAUAAAGACUUCCUUUCCUCUGCAAAGAUACACAGUAGUGGGAUUGCUGGAUCAAAUGGUACUUCUACUGUUAUUUCUUACAGGAAUCUUCAUACGAUUUUCCAUAGUAGUUGCACUAGUUUACACUCCCAUAGCAGCAUAAAACUGUCCCCUUUUUACCACAUCUAUGCCAACACUUUAUUAUUUUUGGAUUUUUAAAUUAUAUUCAUUCUUUCAGGAGUAUAGUGGUAUUGCAUUGUGGUUUUGAUUUGCAUUUUCCUGAUAAUUAGUGAAGUUGAGCAUUUUUUCAUAUAUGUUGGCCAUUUAUAUAUCUUCUUUUAAGAAUUGUCUAUUUAUUACCUUAGGCUACUUUUUGAUGGGUUUUUUUUUUUUUUAGCCAUUUGUGGAUUCUGGACAUUAGUCUUUUGUGAGAUGCAUAGUUCAUGAAUAUUUUCCACUACUCUGUGAGUUGUCUGUUCACACAGCUGAUUAUUUCUUUUGCUGGCAGAAGCUUUUUAGUUUAAUUAAAUCACAACUAUUUAUCUUUGUUUUAGUUGCAUUUGCUUUUGGAUUUUUGGUCAUAAGGUUUUUGCCUAACCCAAUGUCUAGAAGAGUUUUUCCAGUGUUACCUUCUAGAAGUUUUUAUUGUUUCUGAUCUUAGUUUUCCUUAUUUGAUCCAUCUUGAGUUGUUUUUUUAUAAGGUGAGAGACAAAGAUGAAGUUUCAUUCAUCUACAUGUGGAUUGCCAAUUAUUCCAGCCCCAUUUGUUGAAUAGGGUGUCAUUUCCCCACUUUAUGUUUUUGUUUGCUUUGUCAAAGUUCAGUUGGCUGUAAGUAUUUGUCUUUAUUUCUGGAAUCUCUAUUCUGUUCCAUUGAUCUAAAUGCCUGUUUUCAUACUGAUAUCAUGUUGUUUUGGUAACUUUUAAUGUGCCUUAUAAUACAUUGGGUAAUGUAAUGCCUCUAGGUUUGUUCUUUUUUGUAGUCUUUCUUUGACUAUGCAGGUUUCAAAGCCGAGAAUCAAAUAAAGAACUCAUCCAUUUUGAAAAUAGCUGCAAAAAAAAAAAAAAGAAAGAAAGAAAAACAAAACAAAUUACUGAGAAAUAUAUGAGGAAUAUACCUAACAAAGAAGGUUAAAGACCUCUACAAAGAAAACUACAAAACACUGCUGAAAAACGUCAUAGAUGACACAAACAAAUGGAAAUACAUCCCAUGCUCAUGGAUGGGUAGAAUCAAUUUUGUGAAAAUGAGCAUAUUGCCAAAAUAAAUCUAUAAAUGCAAUUCAA